UAUACACUCAAACACACAUACAUUCCGAUCUUUCUGAAUCCCUCCGACGAAUUAGAGAAACGAAAUGCCUCGGGAGCACGCGCAGCUGACGGCGGCGAAGAAGUCAUACGGGAAUGCGAAGGCGGUGGGGAACCACGAGGAGGAGGCCCGGUGGGCAAACGCAAUCGGCGACAUGUUGAAGAAGAGAGGGGAGUACGUGGCGGCCCUCCAGUGGCUCCGAAUCGACUACGAUGUCUCUGUCAAGUACUUGCCCCAAAAGCAUUGCCUACCCACCUGUCAGUCCCUCGGCGAGCUCUAUCUUCGCCUCGAGUGCUUCAAAGAGGCUCUUAUUUAUCAGAAAAAACAUUUACAGCUCGCUGAGGAUGAAAAUAAUCUUGUUGAGCAGCAAAGGGCCAAUACCCAACUAGGUCGUACCUACCAUGAAAUGUUUUUAAGGUCUAUUGAUGAACAUUGCUCGAUUCGGAAUGCCAUAAAGUAUUUCAAGUCCGCUAUGAAGCUUGCACAGAUGAUCAAGGAGAACCCACCUUGUAAUAAUUCUUUCGUUGAGGAAUAUAUUGAUGCCCAUAACAAUAUAGGAAUGCUUGAAUUUGAUCUUGACAAUUGGGAAGAGGCUUGGAAAGUCUUCACUAAAGGAUUAGAGAUUUGUGACGAAGAGGAGGUAAUGGAAGACGAUGCUGGGCGCAGCAGGCUCCAUCACAACCUUGGAAACGUUUACAUAAAGCUGAGGAUGUGGGAUAAUGCUCGAGAACACAUUGAGAAGGACAUUAUGAUAUGUAAAAGAAUCGAGCAUUGUCAAGGGGAGGCAAAGGGGUACAUCAAUCUUGGUGAAUUGCAUUACCUAAUUCAGAAGUAUGAGGAAGCUAUCCAUUGCUACCAAAAAGCACUUGAACUGGCAAAAUCAAUGGAAGAUGAGGAUGCUUUACUCAGGCAAAUUGAUCAAAAUAUUGAGACUGUAGAAGAAGCCAGGAAAGUAAUGGAUGGGCUGAAGAAAGAAGAGCAGAAUCUCAAAAAGCUAAUGAGAGACAUGGCCAGUGCAAGAGGCACACCACGUGAGAGGAAGUGUCUGCUGCAGCAAAUUGCUUCUCUUGAUUGUCUGAUUGAGAAAUCAAGGAUGAUCUUGGCCUGGCCAAAGCCCCUUGAAUUUGCAAAAAAGAAGAAAGUUUUAGCAAGUGAGCUUUAUGACCAAGAAAAGAUCAGUGAUUCACUUUUGGUUAUUGGAGAAUCAUACCAGAACCUACGAGAGUUCAAGAAAGCCCUUAAAUGGUGCACGAAGAGUUUGGAGAAAUACAAGUCAAUUGGCAAUUUGGAGGGGCAGGCGUUAGCCAAAGUUAAUAUAGGUGAUGUUUUAGACAGUGUUGAUAAUUUGGAAGGAGCACUAGAUGCAUUUGAAGAGGGCUACAGGCUUGCUGUUGAGGCUAACCUUCCUUCGGUGCAGCUAAUGGCACUAGAAAAUAUGCACUAUAGUCACAUGAUAAGAUUUGACAAUGUGGAAGAAGCCAGGAGAUUGCAGUUUCGUAUUAAAGAAUUGAAGAAAUCAGAACAUAAAGAUCUUGAAACAGAGAAUGUGGCAGAGGAUCGCUGCUCUGAAUCUGAUACAGAAGGGAGUGGUCAUCUGUCAGAUGGUGUGCAUAAUGCAUGCUGUUCUUCAGAGAUUAGAAAAUCUAGUUCCAGCAGAUCACAGUCUUUAGCCAGUAUGGAAGAGUUAAACGAUGAUGAACCUUUAAUUUCUCUCAAAUGUUCCACCAAAGAUUCACUCAAGUUGAAAUCCCCUCCUUCAGGAAAACAAAAUAACACCAUCCAGACAAAUGUUUCAUCAAAAAAUUUGUCGAAGACAGACACCAAUGAGCAGACAGUCAUUGGGCGUAAACGUGUUCGUUUAGUCCUUUCUGAUGAUGAAGAUGAAAUGCAAGAUGAGGUACCCUGCUCAAAAAGCUGGUCUAAGAAACAACCAUUAGAAUUUGUUGCUACAUCUGAUGAAUUGAAGAGUAAAAGUAACACAGCCAGUCCUGCUCGUAUAUUUCAGGAUGUCUCAGCCUAUACCACAAAUGGUGCCAUGAGGUUUUGCGAUCCUGUUGAUAUUGAACAAAGCUCUAGUUCAUGCAAAUCCAGGAAUCUUAGUUUGGUCACUCAAAAAAGCAAAGGUUUUAAUGCUUUAAGAUCCGAUGGAAGUCCUAUUGUUGCUAAUGGCUCUAAAGGUGACACCAGUGUCUCUAAAAAUGUAGUGUAUGACAAUGAUGCUGCCCAUCUUAUGUUUCUUACGUCUGACGAUGAACACAAUCAAUGCAUUACAUUCAAGAUUGACAGAGACCUAAUACAUUUGGAUUAUGGCUCAUUUUCUGAUAAGUUAAGCAUUGAGUCUAUCAAGACUGAACUGGCAUGCUUAUACUACUUACGGCUUCCUAUUGAAAGAAGAUCAGAGGGGCUGCUUCCAAAAAUAAAGAAUAUAAAAUGGGGUGAGAGAGUUGUAGAAUCCCUGGAAGCAUUUGAAAUGCUUAAGCAGCAUAUGGGGAAAGCCUUGGUUGAAGCUUUUAUUGAUGGAUGGGUUCAAAAGAGGUUGAUAAAACUAUACACUGAUUGCUGCUAUAAGUCAUCUGCGACACCCAAUAUGAAGCUGCUUAAGAAACUCUAUGAGCAGGAGGUCUCAGAUGAUGAUGUUAGUGUGUCUGAUUGUGGACUGCAAGACUUUUCAUUAGCCCCAUUGUUGGAUGCCCUGCGUAUAGAUAAAACAUUUGCAAUGCUAGACCUUUCUCACAAUGCAUUAGGAAUUGAUACAAUGAAGAAGCUGCAGCAAGUAAUCACAUCAUCAAGCCAAAAGUAUGCUGGGUUGAUGUUGGAUCUCCACUCUAACCGAUUUAGUAUAAAUUCUUUGGCUCAGAUUUGUGAAUGCCCUUUGCUAUUUGCUCGAUUGGAAGUGCUCAAUAUCUCUGAAAAUCCUCUCACUGAUAGAUGUGCAUCUUGCCUCUCCAUUAUCUUGGAAAAUUGCAAGGCUCUUUGCAGCUUGAGCAUAGAGUGCUGUUCUGUCACGUCUACAACAAUUGAAAAGGUUGCCAAUGCAUUGAAUGCUGAUUCUGUGCUUGAGCAACUUUGUAUAGGAUAUAACUCAAUUCGCGAAAAUACCAUCAUUAAUUUACUUUCCAAGCUUGGCACUUUGAAAAGAUUUUCAAAAUUAAGUCUGAAUGGACUGAAGCUAAAACAGUCUGUAGUAGAUAGCCUUUGCAAGCUUGCUAAAACCUUGUCCUUGUCAGGAUUAAGUCUUCGGGAGACUGGAAUUGGUAUUGAUGGGGCAUUACUAUUAACUGAGUCAUUGUUCAGCCAAACUUCAGAGUUUGUGAAACUUGACUUUUCAAAUUGUGAAGUGACGUCGAAUUAUGUUCACAAACUAAGCACUGAUUCUUCGAUGAUCUGUGGCAUUGUUGAGCUGAACCUUUCGGAAAAUCCUAUCAUGGAGGAGGGUAGCAAUGCGUUAUCAUCAAUGCUUUUGGAUUCUCAAUGUUCUCUGAAAGUGUUGUCCCUUCAAAAGUGCAAGCUUGGUACUGCUGGAAUUCUUCGAAUAAUCCAAGCACUAUCGGAUAAUGGUUGUCUUGAAGAGCUAAACCUUGCUGACAACGCCAAUGUGGAAAAACAGUACUCUGAAUCUACUCCAACCUCAUCUGCACCAAAGGAAGCUAAUACUGCUCAACCGGAUUCCUGCCAUGCGAACACUGAUUUAGAUAUGCUUGAAGUUGCUGAUAGUGAAGAUGAUCAAGAAAAAGUUGAAACUGCUGCACAUGAAUUUGACGACAGCUGCACAAGCCCGUGGCAAAGUACUUCCUCGUCUCCUAGGAGCCAGUUUAUUCAAGAGCUUUCUACUGCCGUUAGUAUGGCAAAAAAUUUGCAGCUACUGGACCUUAGCAGUAAUGGCUUCUCCAGAGAGAAUGCAGAGACAUUUUAUUCUUCAUGGUCAAGCUCGAGAGUCGGUUCAGCUCAGAGGCAUAUCAAGGACCAGACCAUCCAUUUAUUUGUGAAGGGAAUCAAGUGUUGUGUGAAACCCUGCUGCAGAAAGGAUUAGUUUUCUUGCUUCUUGCUGCAACAACAUCCUCAUUGAGUACCAGUACCAACUUCACCUUUAAGAUGACGGUGUCACUUCAUACUUCCAAAUUUAUCGCACAUUAAAACUGGAAAAUGUAUAGAUACAUGACUGCGUAAUCAUGCGGACCAUAACCUGACGCCAGGGGCAUGAUGCUCCGCUCGAUUUCUAUUUGCAAUGAACAAAAGUUUGAUACA